AUGGGUACAUCGGACGGAAUGAGGCUCAGGUUCUUAUCGAUAGCGAUCCGGAUCGGGAAGGCGGCGACCGCUGGCAGAAUCCGGACUUAUAUGUCCGAUUCCGAAUGCCUUCUCUUGCAGUCUAUCUCUCGUAGGAUCACGCUUUCACAGGUACCCGUUGGAGAGGGGUUUAAGUUUCCUAUCAUUUCUCCAACUCUGUUUAAGGGAGGAUAUAAUAAAUCUGACCGGAUAAUUUGUUUAAAGAAACUUUAUAAAAGCGUGGAUUUAUGUAAAGUCCAGUACACGGACCAUAGCAACUAUAUGAAUAAUAUUCCCGCUCGAAAAUCCGUUAUUAUAUUUAUUGUUAAUAAAAUAGGGGCCGCUCAGUCUUCCCGUGGCUGCGCCCAAUUAAGUACUGGUAAAAGUUUUACCAAGCCCCCCCGAGGUGGGAGUGGGUUUAUCGAGGGGGAUAGGAGAGGUAUACUAGGAGGUGUUCGACUAGGGAUUAGAGACUGGUCUUAG